AGCUUGGUACAGAUAUCAUACACAUCCUAAUCUCGUGUGGGUCCCCCAACCGCCUCGGCCUCGUCGAGGGAGUCCAACCCGAACACGGCGACGACAACAAAAUAGCCUCCUCCUCCUCCUCCUCCCCCCAUCGCUCUCCACUCCCCUUCCCCUCUCCCCUUCCCCUCUCGCUCCCGUCGCGACGACAAGCAACGACCAGGUGGUGGAAACCCAUGAGCGUUUGAUGGAUGAUGACUGUUCCGAUGGAUAGUGCUACUGCCGCCCCAUCCUCACGGGACCUCGCGGAGCGCCUCUUCAAGAAGAAUGGCGAACUUGAGAACCAUCUCCGGAAGUCUGUGCAGUCCAAAGUCCCAUCGGAUCCCAACAUAUGGAUUCAGAUGCGUGACAACUUUGAGAAGAUAAUUCUUGCAGAUCAUGACUUCUCUGAACAAAAUGAGAUAGAGUAUCUUCUGUGGCAGUUGCACUACAAAAGAAUUGAAGAGUUCAGGAGGAACAUUAAUACUGCAGGCUUAGUUGCAUCUCAGACCGGGAAGAACAAUGCCAACCCAGAUCGAAUCAGGAGAAUUAAAUCAGCCUUCAGAAGCUUCCUUUCAGAAGCAACUGGCUUCUAUCACGACUUGAUGUUAAAGAUCAAAUCAAAUUAUGGCCUUCCACUGGGCUACUUUCCCGAUGGUCUUGAGAAUGCAAGCAACUCUGUGAGAGACGAUAACAAAACAGCUGAAGUAAAGAAAGGCUUGGUGUCAUGCCACCGCUGUCUGAUAUAUUUGGGAGAUCUUGCCCGUUACAAGAGCUUGCAUGGGGAUGAUGAUUCUGCAAGUCGUGAAUAUGCUGCAGCCUCUAGUUACUACAAGGAAGCAGCUUCCAUCUGUCCUUGCAGUGGAAAUCCUCAUCAUCAGCUUGCGAUACUAGCAUCUUACUCAGGCAAUGAGGUGGUGGCAGUUUAUAGGUACUUCCGAAGCUUAGCUGCAGAUACUCCCUUUGCUACAGCACGGGACAACUUGAUUAUUCUUUUUGAGAAGAAUCGUCAAAGUUACACGCAGCUGCCAGCCAACAAUAAAGUUCCCACAGCUAGGACAUUACCCCUGCGGUCAUCUGGGAGGGGCCGAGGACGGGGAGAAGCAAGGUUUCAGCCAAAAGAUGUUAAUACUGAAACAGCUGCAAGGGGACGAGAGUGCAGUGUUCCUGAUACAUUAAAGGCCUUCUAUAUACGAUUUGUUAGGCUCAAUGGAAUUCUUUUCACAAGGACUAGUUUGGAGACAUUUGGGGAGCUUUUUGCUUCAGUCAGCAAUGACUUGCAGAUUCUUCUUUCUUCUGGUCCCGAGGAGGAGCUUAAUUUUGGUUCUGAUGCUGCAGAAAAUUCUCUAGCUGUUGUUAGACUUACUGCCAUCCUUAUAUUCACAGUGCACAAUGUAAAGAAAGAGCCCGAUAGCCAAUCGUAUGCUGAAAUUGUGCAACGCAGGGUACUGCUUCAAAGUGCAUUUACAGCUGCCUUUGAGUUUGUUGGACGAAUUCUCAAAAGGUGUGCAGUGCUUCGUGACAUUGCAUCAAGUUUCUACCUGCCAGCCAUUUUGGUCUACAUUGAAUGGCUGGCUUCCUAUCCAGAAUUGGCUGUUGAUUCGGAGAUGGAGGAAAAGCAUGCACAUGCCCGAUCUUUCUUCUGGAACCAGUGUAUCUCGUUCAUGAAUAAGCUGAUCCUUACCGACCUUGCAUCUAUUGAUGGUGAUGAUGAUGAAGCUUGCUUUUCAAAUAUGAGCAUGUAUGAAGAGGGUGAAACUGGCAACAGGCUUGCUUUGUGGGAAGAUAUCGAAUUAAGAGGGUUUUUGCCCUUGGUUCCUGCACAGAUCAUUUUGGAUUUCUCAAGCAAAAAGACAUUUGGAAAUGUUGGAAACACCAAGGAGAAAAAAGCACGGGUUCAACGGAUUUUUGCCGCAGGGAAGUCACUGCUGAAUUUUGUUCAGAUUAAUCAAUUGAGAAUAUAUUUUGAAACAUCUUCUAAGAAGUUUGUCAUGGCCGAGAAGCCUCCUGUUUUGGAAGCUAAUGCCCCACCACAUGAAUCUUCAGAUGCACUUGAAAUGAAUGCUAGUGAACUGGACCAAGCCUCAAGAAGAUUUGAUUCAGUUUCUUCUAAUCUGGGUGUACUUCAGUCAAAAGUGUUGUUGUGUCCUGAAGGAGAUGAUGAUGAAGAAAUUGUUUUCAAGCCUACAGCUUCUGAGAAGUUUCCGAAAGCUCCUUCAGAGCUAUCUGUUAAUGGAUACAUCCAGCCUGUACAAAUGUCUGCUGCUGGUUGGUCAAACAAUGGUGGGUCAAUUUCUGUUCAGAGCACUACAUCUGCUAGUUGGCCAACUGAUGGUGGGCCAGUUUCUGUUCAGAGCACUGGAUCUGUAUCAGCUGCUGGCAAUUAUAACAUUAACCAGUCACGUCCUAUGUCUUCUAUUGGUUGGGCUGUCAAUGGUGAGCAAAAUGUGAUCCCUAGCAUUGCUCCAAGAUAUGAAUUCGUGCAGCCUUCUGACGUGCCUCCUUCCAGCUGGGCAAGCAAUGGUGUACCGCAUGUUGGUCCUCAGAACACUAUUUCAAAUUUCCCAGACAUUGUCUCUGACCCACGAGUAUCUGCAUCAAUGGUUCCACGCUUCAGUAGCCCUGAUUAUUCAAAAUUGCUCAGGGAACAAGAAAUACUCUUGAUGAGUGGACUGAGGAAUGUUAACAUAAUGGGAAAUGGUUAUCUGGAGCAGAGAUUGCAGGGUGGAUUGAGUGGUUUACAGUCUAUGGGGUAUUCACCUCAGAUGCCGAUUGAAUCUGGUGGUAACAUUACAAAUUUGACACAUAACCAGGUGAAAGCUACUGGAGAGACUAUCCCAUCUGCACUUGAUUCAGUUGUACCCUCAGUAGCACCUUCAGAUGGCAUGACACUGAAAUUCACUGAAGCAUCGCUCGCUGCAUCAAAGAAGAAUCCUGUUAGUCGUCCAUCAAAGCCUGUUGGCCCUCCUCCAGGAUUUAACCAUGUUACCCCAAAGCGGCAUGAUGAUUCUAUUUCAGUGGAAAAACUGCAGAACCCGCAGGUUGAUGAUUACUACGGCUGGCUUGAUGGCUAUCAGCCAUCCAAUGACCGUGUUAACAACUUAAGAGCUGUUUAUCCUGAUGUGAGUGCUACUAGCACUGCAUUCAUCACUCCAUUCCCUUUCCCUGGAAAACAGCAGGCUUCCGGGAUGCACACCCAAGGGGCCAAUGAGAAGACAUGGCAAGAUUUCCACCUUUUUGAGCCUGCAAAACAUAAUAUAUUUCAGAAUUACCAGCAAAUUAAUCAGCAAACGGGUCAAAUGGCUGAACAAGAGACAGCAGAUCCUAUCUGGCCCGGCCGUUACCUUGUGUGACUCAGUAGCUUGUUCCAGGAUGAUUGCUGAGUUGCUGGGGAUCCAUUGGAGUAAGUGGCACAGCUUGACCCCCUACUGAGUUCGACCGGUACCUGCAGCCCUCAAUAGUGUUAAAUUUCUUUUGGAGAAUGGUGGUCUUUGAAGCAUAACUAUUGCUGUUAGGUUUGGGUGAGCCGCAUUUUCCGGGUCAGAGAGAGGGUGGAGGAUGGUUGAUCUGUUGACAGUCUGAUGAGUAGAGAUGUAUGGCGAAGUCUUAGAUGCUCAGACACAAAGGUUUGAUGGAACUUGAAUCAAGUGGUUAUAGGCAUGGACCGUAUGCUUCAUCUCUCAUUGGACAACUACCUACCACAAGAAUGGCACCAGCGGAUGGUUGCUGCAACGGCUAAAAAGCCAUUCAAUGUGGAUGCCUGUUCUUGGUUCUGCUAUGCCUAUCUAUGGUACUAUGAAUAAAAGUUUGAGGAACAACUAGCAUGUCGGCAAGUCGUUUCUCGAAGUAUACUGCAUCUUGUUAGCAUCUUGCUCUGUUUAUGCUGUUUGGUAACAAUGUGUUGGUUGCUGUUUUGCUGGUUGUUGCAAGUUUACUUCAGUGUUACCUACUAUACUAUUGGAACAGUUUGUCAUGGUUUAUGUGUGUGACACUUGUGUCCUGAAUAUUGUGGACCAACCUGCGUAUUACGAUGUCUUAUGUGAUUUGAGACUGAAUACCUUAUACGGUAUCUAUCGAGCUUGUCGAGGAGUUGUGUUAUUGUGGUUUGUUUUCAAAAAUUCAACUGCUUAGUGAGCAGUGUUUCUUGUUUUC